AUGGUCUUUUUGGGACAUGCAACAUGUGGGAUAUUGAAAUGACUUCAUUUAAUCACUACACGAUGUAUAUCACAAAGAGAUAUUUUAUCAAGUUCCACCUCUAUAAAUAAAGUGUGCGAGGACAUAGCCUUCUUAUACAACAUAACGUGUAGUGGUACCUAUCGUCUUUGAUUUCAGUACUUGAGCUAGCUUAAAGUGAUAGUGCGAACAAUGGAUUCAACAUUCAUCAACACCAAUCCUUAUUCGAGCUGUGGUUGUAAGAGUGAUAAUGAGAAGUCUAAUGGCGAUGACGAGAGAAGUAGUGGAUACUCUUUUGUGAGUGCUCUUAGCAUGAGCGGAGGAGAUGGAGACAACAGUUACUCAACCAAUUCUCUUCUUCAGAAAAGAGUUUUAUCAAGGUCCAAAAGAGUGUUGGUUGAAAACACCAAAGAAAUGAUGAAAAACUUGGACUUUCCUAGAUGCAUUAAAGUAGCAGACUUGGGAUGUUCAUCCGGACAAAACACAUUUUUGGCGAUGUCUGAGAUCGUCAACACAAUUAAUGCAUUAUGUAAAGAGUGGAACAAAAACCCACCAGAGAUAGAUUGUUGUCUGAAUGAUCUCCCUAGUAACGAUUUCAACACAACUUUCAAGUUCAUAACUUCCUUCAACAAGAAGCUCACAAGAGAAGGAUCGUGCUUCGUGUCUGCCGUACCUUAUUCCUUUUACUCGAGGCUCUUCUCUCGCAAGAGUCUCCAUCUCGUACAUUCAGUUUACAGUAUUCACUUUCUCUCUAAGGUUCCGGAAGGACUGGAGAAGAACAAGAUGAGUGUGUACAUAACAAGUUCAAGUCCUCUAAGUGAAUACAAGGCUUACUUGAAUCAAUUCCAAAAAGAUUUUACGACAUUUCUAAGAAUGCGCUCUGAAGAGAUGGUAUCUAAUGGACGCAUGGUUCUCACGUUAAUUGGGAGAAAGACUCUUGAUGAUCCAUUGUAUAGGGAUUGCUGCCAUUUCUGGACACUGCUAUCCGAAUCUCUCCAUGAUCUAGUUCUCGAGGGUAUUGUGAGUGCAUCGAAGGUAAGUUCGUUCAAGAUGCCGUUUUAUGAUCCGAGCAAAGAAGAAGUGACAGAUCUAAUAAGAAAAGAGAAUUCCUUCAAAAUAAACGACUUGGACACACACGGAUUUGAUCUUGGUCAUAGUGUUGAAGACUGUAGCUUGCAAUCAUAUGGAGUUAAAGCAGGGCAAAAAGAAGCUAGUUGCAUAAGAGCAGUGACUGAGAGGAUGCUCAUUGCUCACUUUGGAGAUGACAUCAAUAUUGACACAUUGUUUAACAAGUAUGCGCUUCGUGUGUCUCAGCAUGCAAGCUGUAGGAUCAAGACGAGUGUCUCUCUAGUCGUUUCAUUGAUCCGGAAAUAACUUCUGUUUAAGUAUUGAUGAUUAAUUUGUGUGUGUCAUAUUCAAGAUCAAAUAUACUUAUUGGCUUGUAAUUUGUGUCAUAUAUUGUUGUUUUAUUUUGUAAAUGUGGAUUUGUGAA